UCUGAAGAUCUUUUCUUCAGGCCGAUCCGCUUUUCGAAAACCCUCUCACCAUGUCCCAGCAGUUCGAUGCCGUCUCCGGCGCAUGUCUGGACGUCGAUCUCUCUUCUCCGGCGCCAGCUGAGCCUGGGAGGAUCGCUCUCCCACAUCCCGCCGAUGCCGGCGCGCACGUUCUGGGUGAUGGCAUUGCCGCCGCUAGAGGGGGUGAUAGCGAAGCUUUGAUUUUGAUGGCCGGCGGAGUGAACGAGGCGAGUCAGGUUUGGGGAAAUCAGAGUCGGCCUUCGUCCUCGGAGUUCACUCUCGGGCCCUCUGUCAAUUAUUCCUCCUCUUCCGACUACUCUGUGAAAGUUUUAUUCGAUGGAUCAUCUCCGAAUGCCGGCGGCAGUGGCGGCAGUAGCGGCAGCACGUCAGCCAACGGUGGUCCUGUGGCGUCGGUACAACCUCCGGUUUUCCGCGGUGCGUUUCCAUUGAACAGGCAUGCCAAUGAAGGAAAUUAUGGCACUCCUGUUCGCCAUACCAACUUUAGGUUCCCGCCACAGUCACAAGUUGGUGGCAAUUGGGGCAGAUUCAACAGCGAUAAUGGACGCUACAGGAAUCAGCGUCAUCACGAGCGAGGAGUACAUCUUUGGAAUGGUCCUCCAGUUGUCGGUACAAAUCCAGGCAUACGGAUGCCGAUGCAACCGCUGCAGGGACAUGGACAACCGUUCGUUGCGCCGUCUGCUUUCAUGCUCGAUCAAACCCAGCCUGUUGCGAGUCUCAUAUGCUACGCUGAUGGCACUUCUCCAUAUUCAUAUUCUGGCAUACCACCUGCAGCUCUCGAGACGUAUUAUGCUCCCUCACCUCCAGUUCUUGAGACAUACUAUGUCCGGCCAUCUCCACAUCCACCUCAACAAUUGGUGUUGAAGCAACAAAUAGAAUACUACUUCAGUGUCGAUAAUCUGUGCAGGGAUUCUUUCCUGCGGAGUAAUAUGGAUGCUCAAGGGUGGGUGCCCAUCUCAUUGAUUGCGACCUUCAGGCGGGUUAAGAGGGUGACUAGUAACACAAACUAUAUAUUGAGUGCUUUAAGAAGUUCAAUAGUGAUUGAAAUACAGGGGGAGAACAUAAGAAGGCACAAUGACUGGAAAAGAUGGAUAUUGCCAUCGGCAAAUGGUCGAGAUGGACAACCUUCGGGUUCCACCGCAUCUGCAUCAAAUUAUGAUUCGGUCGUAGGGGAUUCUUCCAGGCAAAUUGUGACAGCCUCAAAUUGAGGUACUUCAAAUGGGAUUGGCUGCUGGGAUGUUGAACAACCAGCAGGAUCACAAUCCAGCUCAAGACGGAAUUUGCUGGUCAGUGAGUCAGAUCAUCAUAGUCUGAGUUUGAUCAUCCAGCAAGUCAGUCAGUGCGGUCUGACUUUGAUUCCCCGAGAACUACCACAACCCAUUCAACAAUAAGAAACGGAUGGAUUCGUUGUUUUAGACCCAAGUCGACUUGACUGCCAAGACGACGCCAAAGAGAAGCAGUCAUCUCUUUUCAUGAAAGGAACGAAAUAAAAAAAAUAAAACUGAGACUAAUUUAAACUGGGUGUGUGGCCUUAGAGCAGCUAUUGGUAAUAUGCUACUUGGUUUGUACAGUUUAGUUUGACUUUGAUGCUUGCUUAUUGUCGAUACUGUAAUUCAUGGGUGCUUUUAUCCUUAGAUUUUUUUGUUUGGAUAGUACUGUUUUUGAA